AUGGCGUCGUCACUACACGAGUUGGGUGCUCGCCACAUCCAAAACAUGAGCGAGGCCAAAAUACUUGAGCCUCAUUGGGGAUACGCUGAUCGAGCUCUUCCUUGCACAAACGACAAGGGCUCCUGCGAAUAUCUUGACCUUGUCUACAGUGCUCACGACCUGGGCAUGCUCUACAGCGGAAUCCUCUGGGCUACUAUCCUAGGCAUCUUAUUCAUCUGGGGCAUUGUUCGACGUCUCGGCCGCCCUUCGUCUCCCCCUAUCUCCCUUAAUAUCAGCCCCAAGGCCGGACUCUCAAAGGCUCGCCGCAGUAUCGGCUCUUUCACACGACGAUAUCUUCUUCCCGAUGCCUGCCGCUCUAUCUUUGGCCGAACCACCCGUCUCCAGGUCGUCAUCAUGUUGUCUCUUGUGGGCUACCUCACCAUCUGGAGCUUCGUUGGUAUGUCAUAUCAGAAGUGGAUUACUCCUGUCAAGACCUCACCUGGAGUCUAUAACACCCGCACUACUCUCGGUCCUUGGUCUGACCGAAUCGGUAUCUUGGCCUACGCCCUGACUCCUCUAUCGGUCUUGCUGGCAAGCAGAGAAUCUAUCUUAUCUCUAGUCACUGGCGUUCCCUAUCAGAACUUCAUGUUCCUGCACCGCUGGUCAGGCUACCUUAUCUUCGUCCAGAGCGCCCUUCACACCAUCGGUUGGUGCAUCGUCGAGAUCCGCCUCUACCAGCCUCAGCCUACAGUUGCCCUGGAGUGGGUUGUCCAGACAUACAUCGUCUGGGGUAUCGUGGCCAUGAUACUGCUGCUUCUCAUGCUUAUCGGCAGCACCCCUUGGGGAAUCCGCGCAACAGGAUACGAGUUCUUCCGCAAGUCCCAUUAUGUUCUCGCCAUGAUCUACAUUGGCGCCUGCUGGGCUCAUUGGGUGCAGCUCAAGUGCUUUUUGCUCCCAUCUCUCCUGUUCUGGUUCGCCGACCGAGGAUUCCGACUCCUUCGAACUGCUUACCUGCACUACCACCACCUUCCCUCAGGUGGCAUGGGUUUCCAGGCUUCUCAAGCCGUUAUCACCAGAUUCCCCGAUGCAGAGCAUGGCGAUAUUCUCCGCUUCGACCUGGAGAACGACCAGGACCCUUGGCAGAUUGGCCAGCACUAUUUCCUCUGCUUCACCGAGAGCAGUAUCUGGCAAUCUCACCCCUUUACUCCAAUCAACGCUCCUGUUGUUGAGAACGGUGUCGUGAAGCACUCGUACAUCAUGAGAGCUAAGAAGGGUGAAACCAAGAAGAUGGCUGAGCUGGCUGCCAAGAAGUACGAGACCUCCGAGAAGGCCACCACCCCUAUCAUCCUCACUGGCGCUUACGGCGAGACCACUAUGGAUCACGUUUCACACGACACCAACAUCGUCUGUGUUGCAGGUGGUACCGGCAUCGCCUACGUGCUCCCUGUACUCCUCGAACUCGCACGAUCACCCAUCUCCCGCGACCGCAAGAUCGAAUUUAUCUGGGCCAUCCGCCACGCCUCCGACGCUGAAUGGGUACACCAGGAAAUUGACAUCCUACAGCAAGCCUCCAAAGCCCUUAACCUCAAGAUCCGAAUCUAUGCUACACGAGACGCCAGCAGCAGAAACGGUUCUCAGGUGCGAGUAGACGACGAGAAGAAUGUCACAGAUGCUGCCAGACAAGUCGGCUCAUCAUCAUCGUCCGACGUUGUAGACGACAGCUGUGCAUGCGGAACCGAUGUCCCUGUCGCCAAGAUCGGCCAGGGAACUAUCGACGAGGACCGACACCCCAACCUGCCCAAGCUCAUCAACGACUUUGUGAGCAACACCAUCGCUGGUCCUACAACAGUCUUUGCCAGCGGCCCCGGUGGAAUGAUCAGUGAUCUCCGCACAAUUGUCGCCGAGUGCAACUCCGGCGGUAAGGUCUGGAAGGGCAACGAGCGAUUCGACGUCAAGCUGGUGUGCGACGAUCGUCUGGAGUGGUAG